AUGAAUCCCCCUUCUAUGUUUGUUAUAAGUUCCCAGUCCGUGUUCCAUAACAUCUCGCACGACAUCACGCCGAACGUCAGCCGCGGAGCUCUUUCCCUGCAAGAUGCCGCUCAUAUCUCCGAGAGCAUCAUCGCCGUCCCUCGUGGGUUUUCCAUGAGGGCAUCGUGGACGACGGCGUCGGUGGCAUUCGCUGGCCUCGUAUGCUAUCUAUAUCUGACAUCGUUCCUCCCCCUCAAGAAGUCUUCGAAUUUCCCUUUCGUCAACGGCGGAGAGGGACGACGGCGCUGGACAGACGUCCUCCGCACGAAGCGAGAAUUCCGCAGCCAUGCAAAGGCGUUGAUUGCCCAGGGUUUCCAGAAGUUCUCUGGCCCUUUCAACAUCGUGACGGACAGCGGCCCCGUGGUCAUGCUCCCGCCUGAGUAUAUCGACGCUGUGAAUCGUGAACCCAACUUGGAUUUCCAGAAAUAUAACACGAAGCAUACUCUUUCGAAAUAUGAAACCUUCAGCAACUUCCGCACGCCGCCUCCGGGUCUCUACGAAGAAGCCGUCAUGAAGGGCCUGACGCGUAAUCUACCGAAAUUCACCACUGCGCUCUCGGACGAGAUGGCGGGCUGCUUGGAUGACACAUGGGCCGAUUCCGAGGAAUGGCAAGUGCGAAACCUCCGAGACGACGUUCUCUCUUGGGUCGCCCGUCUCUCAUCCCGUAUCUUCACCGGAGAGGAACUCAGCAAGAACCAAGACUGGCUCCGAAUCACGAAGGAUUUCACCAUCAACAGUUUCACCGCCAUGGCCAUCUGCCGGAUGGUUCCUCUCCCCUUGCGGUACCUGGCGGAGAGAACAUUGCCCAUCUGCCGGAGGGUCCGCGAAGAUCGGAGAGCCGGUGCCCGGAUCCUGGCACCGAUUAUUGCAGCACGCGAGGGGGAAAUCGCAGCCGCGCGUCGCGAAGGGAGGGAGCCCAACUUACCCAACGACUCGAUCGAGUGGUUCCGCACUGUCGCCAAGGGCCGAGUCUACGACGAUACCGAUGUCCAGCUGGGACUGUCCGUUGCCGCGAUCCACACGACGAGCGACCUCCUCGGCCAGGCAGUCCUCAAUCUCGGAGCUCACCCUGAGAUGGUCGAGCCCUUGCGAGCGGAAGCCGUGGCGGUCCUGCAGAAGCACGGCUGGAAGAAAGUCGCGCUCGUCGAACUCCGCAUCUUGGACAGCUUCCUGAAAGAGACGCAGCGACUGAAGCCGAUAGGCAUGUCCUCGAUGCACCGCCAAGCGACCGCCGACGUCGAGCUCCCCCACGGCGUCAAGCUGCACAAGGGCGAGCGCAUGGCCAUCUCCUCGCACCGCAUGUGGUCCGCCUCCGACUACGACGACCCCGAGGCCUUCGACGGCUUCCGCUUCGUCAAGCGCCGCCAGGUGCCCGGGUACGAGCAGCGGUGCCACCUCAUCUCGACGAGUCACGACCACACGGCCUUCGGCCACGGCAGGCAUGCCUGUCCCGGCCGCUUCUUCGCCGCCAACGAGAUCAAGAUUGCGAUGGUGCACCUGCUGCUGAAGUACGACCUGCGGCUGGACGACGUGGAGCGCGGCGCGUCGUGGUGGGAGCGGGGGACGUCCAUGAAGAUGAACCCGGCGGCGAAGAUCUGCCUGCGGAGGAGGAGGGCGGAGAUUGAUCUGGAUGCCUUGGUGGUAGCCGAGGGCUAG